UUUAGAGUGGAGUGAGUGGGAGAGCGAGAACGAGAGAUAAAGCUCUUAAAUUGAAUUGAGAGCGAGAGAGGGGCAGGGCGGAGAAUUGAGAGGAGCAAGCUCACUGCCAACCGUGGUAGCGCAAUAUGGAGUAAUCGCGUCCGCUCGACAACGACGGGAGUAGUUUACAAAGAAAAACCCGCUUUUGAUCGACAUUACAUUAGUAAGGAAUAAGAUAACAAUUUCAAUUAUGAGAUUACGGCAUUGCAUAUAGACAAUUGACUUGAAGAGACUAAAAUAGACGUUGCAAUUUCUAUUUAUUAUUGAAAAAUGGCGAACGAGUCUCCAGCUAAAAGUCUAGUGGACAUAGACCUUGCCGCUUUGCGGGACCCAGCUGGUAUUUUCGAACUGGUGGAAGUGGUCGGCAAUGGUACCUAUGGACAAGUAUACAAGGGCCGACAUGUCAAGACAGGACAACUGGCGGCCAUCAAGGUCAUGGACGUCACAGAGGAUGAAGAGGAGGAGAUUAAACUGGAGAUUAAUAUGCUGAAGAAGUACUCCCACCACAGAAACAUAGCCACCUACUACGGAGCCUUCAUCAAGAAGAGCCCCCCAGGACACGACGACCAGCUAUGGCUGGUGAUGGAGUUCUGUGGUGCAGGCUCCAUCACAGACCUUGUGAAGAACACCAAGGGCAACACACUGAAGGAGGACUGGAUCGCCUACAUCUCUCGUGAGAUCCUCAGGGGGUUGGCUCACCUGCACGCCCACCAUGUGAUCCACCGUGACAUCAAGGGCCAGAACGUGCUGCUGACUGAGAACGCAGAGGUCAAACUAGUGGACUUCGGUGUGAGCGCCCAGCUGGACCGGACAGUGGGUAGGAGGAACACCUUCAUUGGUACGCCCUAUUGGAUGGCGCCCGAGGUCAUCGCCUGCGACGAGAACCCAGACGCCACCUAUGACUACAGAAGUGACUUGUGGUCCACUGGAAUCACAGCUAUAGAGAUGGCUGAGGGAGCUCCUCCGCUGUGCGAUAUGCAUCCAAUGAGAGCUCUCUUCCUCAUUCCCAGAAACCCUCCUCCUCGACUCAAGUCAAAGAAAUGGUCUAAGAAGUUUUGCAGCUUCAUCGAGGGCUCCCUGGUGAAGAACUACACCCAGCGGCCCCCCACCGACCAGCUGCUGAAACACCCCUUCAUCAGGGACCAGCCCAACGAGAGGCAGGUCCGCAUCCAGCUCAAAGACCACAUCGACCGCACCAAGAAGAAGAGGGGGGAGAAAGAUGAGACCGAGUAUGAGUACAGCGGGAGUGAGGAAGAGGAGGAGGAAGCUCAGGAGCAGGAGGGGGAGCCCAGCUCCAUAGUGAACCAACCAGGGGAGUCAACCCUGCGUAGGGAUUUCAUCCGUCUGCAGCAAGAGAACAAGGAGCGCUCAGAGGCCCUGCGCAGACAGCAGCUCUUACAGGAGCAGCAGCUCCGGGAGCAGGAGGAGUACAAGCGCCAACUACUGGCAGAGAGGCAGAAACGCAUCGAGCAGCAGAAGGAGCAGAGGAGGAGGCUGGAGGAGCAACAACGUCGUGAGCGGGAGAUGAGGAGGCAGCAGGAGCGAGAGCAGCGUCGCCGGGAGCAGGAUGACAAGAGACGCAUGGAAGAGGUUGAACGCCGGCGUAAAGAGGAGGAGGAGCGCAGGAGGGCUGAGGAGGAGAAAAGGAGGGCUGACCGGGAGCAGGAGUACAUCCGUCGCCAGCUGGAGGAGGAGCAGAGGCACCUGGAGAUCCUGCAGCAGCAGCUGCUCCAUGAACAGGCCAUGCUACUGGUGAGACCAAACUCUGCUGAUGAGAGGUACCGUAAGAACAUCCAAGGUUCUCCUCAGGCCGCCCAGGUUAAGGUUCAGCCCCCGGUUCCUCCCCGCGCCGCCGAGACCAUGGCCAAUGGAAACGCCCCCAUUGCUGUCCAGCCUGCCAUGCAAAGGCCCAUGGAACCCCAGGUCCAGUGGUCCCACCUGGCCGCUUCCCCCGUCGUCUCAUGCUCCCAUUCCUUCAGUGAGCCCAUCGUCCCUAGCUUUGCACACCUCCACCUGUGCUCUCAGGAGCAGCACCAUCACCCUGCACCAUCAUCACCCGCACGCACUGACCCGCAGUCCAACCCCCAGCCCAAGGCCCUGCCCCUUGACCAGGCCCCCACAGACGACACCCCUCCCAGGGUUCCUGUGAGGACAACGUCCAGGUCUCCAGUACUGUCACGCAGGGACUCUCCUCUCCAUGGCAACUCCAAUGCCACGCCUAACAACCCGGCGGGCCAGAGGAACACCUGCAGUGCUGCAGCGGAGCCGCGUCUGCUGUGGGAGCGGGUGGAGAAACUGGUUCCCAGGCCAACGAGUGGCAGUGGUAGUACUUGCAGCUCCUCUGGCUCCAGUAACUCCAGCUCCCAGCCCAGCUCUCACAGUGGCUCAGGGGAGAGGUUCAGAGCCCGCUCCUCAUCAAAGUCUGAGGGUUCUCCCCUCCAGCAUCCAGAGCAUGCUGGGAAAAAACCUGAGGAGAGGAAGGAGUCGGUCAGAACUAACCGACUGGCGGGGGAAGUGGAUCUGACCGCGCUGGCCAAAGAGCUGCGUGUGGUGGAGGACGUGCAACGCCCCCACAAGGUGACGGACUACUCCUCAUCUAGUGAGGAGUCGGGGACCACGGAUGAGGAUGAGGAUGAUGAAGAGGUGGACCAGGAGGGAGGAGAGGAGUCUACCUCAGGACCAGAGGACUCUCAUGCUGUCUCCUCCAGACUAAGCAACGGAGAGAUGGAAUCGGUGAAGAUCUUGAUCGUUCACGACAAGGGCGAGAGUGACUGUAAAGAUGACACUCUGAUCGUCAGACCGAGUACAGGUGACAACAAAAAGCGACCUGCCCCCAGCCCUGGUCAUGGCCCUGUCCCUGGGUUUAACACCAGCCCCGGGCUGAUUCACCCUGCCCUCCAGGGCCUUCCCGGCCUUCAAGGCCACCCUGGUCUCCAAGGCAACCAGGAGAAAAAUGGCUUUGUGGGCCGCAUUCACCUCCUGCCUGACCUGAUCCAGCAGAGCCACCACUCCCCCUCCUCCUCUGCCUCCUCCUCUCCCUCCUCCUCCAGCAUGGCGAGCCCCACCAUGUCCAUGUCCCCCCAGAGCCCACUGGACAAGCUCAGCAUACUCCUGGAGAGUCAUUCUGUCAGCAACACAAUGCAGAAACACAAGUCCUCCUCCUCCUUCACUCCUUUUAUCGAUCCACGCCUCCUCCAGGUCUCUACAUCCGGCGCCGCUCUCAACAACCUGGCUUUUGGGAACGAUGCCAGGCUGGCGGAGGCACUGAGGGCGGACCCGUCACGUAAAGGCUCCGUGGUCAAUGUGAACCCUGUCAACACACGGCCGCAGAGCGACACCCCAGAGAUCCGCAAGUACAAGAAGAGGUUCAACUCUGAGAUCCUGUGUGCUGCGCUCUGGGGAGUGAACCUGCUGGUGGGGACAGAGAGUGGUCUGAUGCUGCUGGAUCGUAGCGGUCAGGGGAAGGUGUAUCCCCUCAUCAGCCGACGCCGCUUCCAACAGAUGGAUGUCCUGGAGGGACUCAACGUCCUGGUUACUAUAUCAGGCAAGAAGAACAAGUUGCGUGUGUACUAUCUGUCCUGGUUGAGGAACAAGAUCCUGCACAAUGACCCUGAGGUGGAGAAGAAGCAGGGCUGGGUCACUGUGGGAGACCUGGAGGGUGCUGUUCACUACAAAGUUGUGAAAUACGAGAGGAUCAAGUUUUUGGUUUUGGCGCUGAAGAACUCGGUGGAGGUCUAUGCAUGGGCACCGAAGCCCUACCACAAGUUCAUGGCUUUCAAGUCAUUUGGUGACCUGGUGCACAAGCCCCUGCUGGUUGACCUGACGGUGGAGGAGGGUCAGAGGUUGAAGGUAAUCUAUGGCUCCAGUAACGGAUUUCAUGCUGUGGACGUGGACUCAGGGGCCGUCUACGACAUCUACCUGCCCACCCAUAUCCAGACCAGUAUCCAGUCCCAUGCCAUCAUCAUCCUGCCCAACACAGAUGGCAUUGAGCUGCUGGUGUGUUACGAGGACGAGGGUGUCUAUGUCAACACCUACGGACGCAUCACCAAGGACGUGGUGCUGCAGUGGGGCGAGAUGCCCACUUCUGUGGCCUAUAUCCGUUCUAACCAGAUAAUGGGCUGGGGGGAGAAAGCCAUAGAGAUCAGAUCUGUGGAGACUGGACAUCUGGACGGAGUCUUCAUGCACAAGAGAGCCCAGAGACUCAAGUUCCUGUGUGAGAGGAACGACAAGGUGUUCUUUGCCUCAGUGCGAUCCGGAGGAGCCAGCCAGGUGUACUUUAUGACCCUGGGGCGCACCUCUCUGCUCAGCUGGUAGAGAGACUAUGCCCCCUCUACACUGGAAACCAACCAACCAUGUUUUACCCGACGUUCAGCGAUGCCAACGGACAAAAGCCAACCACCUCCGACAUAAUCAUGACCUUCGACCCGGAGCAUCGUGCUAUAUUGAGGAUAUACAACAUCCAGAUGACGUCGCCCCAGCCGUGAAUACCAGAUAUGAGAAUUGUAAAAAAUGAAGUUAAUUGAUUAUAAAUCAAAUAAAAAAAUGUGAAGAAAGGUGGUGAACAGUUUGCCCCACUUUGGUGCUCAACAGAUUGUGGACACACGUCUGUGCGGGGCCGUUGCCCUGAAGGCGUGUGUGUGUGUUGUUGUGCUGUGUGUGUGUGUGUGUGUGUGUGUGUGUCAUUCCUAGUUCCUGACUGUGGUAUGGGCUUGAAGUCUACUACUAACUACUCUGUGCAUCUUCUGCUCCUAUUUCAGGAGCCCCUCCACCCCUUUCCUUAGCGAAGGAGGGGCAGGGGGCGGAGCAUACAGUGUUAAUGCUACAGUAGUGUGUGUCAAUGUCUUUCUGUUUGGUCCAAUGAUUGCUGACUGCAGGGGGGGGCAGGGGUUGAAGCUGUCAGUCAAGGAGGAGGCGGGAAUAAAGAAGCUGAGCAAGGGAGCCAAUUGGUUCUAGGCUCAGUGCUGUCAUGACACAGUGUGUGGGAAGGGCCUAUGCAUUUUACCGUAAGUCUGUUAUCUGAGAGGACUCAGCUGGAGUGUGUUGAUAGUUAGGACAGCUACCGUAUUUUAAUGGGCAAGUUCAUGGAAAAGGAUUUGAACCAGAUGGACUUUGAAAUAGUGAUUUUUAUUUUAUUAUGAUUCUCUAAAAAAAAGUUUAACUAUUUGGAGUUAAUAUUUCUUUUACCUUGGUUUUAAAAAUCCCAAUGCACAUAGCCUCCAGUUUUCUUUGCUUUUAUUCCAACCCACAACACAUUCAAAUGCUUUAGGAGUCAGAGAGUGGGUGGGUAAAACAUUGAAAUAGUAUCUAUGUAUAAUAAAUAUUAAUUUAAUAUCAUUCAUAGUUUCAAUGGUCAUGUUAGUGGAAUCCUCAGUCCAACAUGACGCUGUGAUCCGGCUUGGACCAUCAGAGUCCAGGAUGGAGGACAUUGUCCUGAUGUGAAUAGACAGAUAUAAUAAAAGAGAGUGGAGGAGAAGGUUCAGGUCAUAUACAGUAUGUGUGUGGUUGUAAAGGGGCCAAUAGAUGAGAGAGGAGGGGUGUCAAUGUAAGUUUUUGUAGCAGAAAAGUUACACAUGGUCAGCAAAACUCAAUGGACUCAUAGUCGGUGGAUGGAAAAAACGGUGGUGUUUUCUUGUUUUUCAUUAAUAUCUUUUUAUGAAUGCAAUGCACUAAGUGUCAAGAAUGUAGAAAGAAAUAUACUGUUUGGUGGUCAAAGGCAUGAUCAUUUUAUUUUUGUUCCUUGUCACAAGUGAUCAAUUUCAAGUUGACACAAGUGAAUAUUAAGCAAUGGAGGCUCUAAGGAAGAUGUCGGUUUUUGGGGCAAUUCUGAAUCGUUUCUGAGACUAGGUUGUGACUCCUUUCACAAACUCAAUGUUUUAAAGUGAAUCGGGGCUUGAGCGUUAACAGCUCUGAGUUGAGAAGUUGCUAGGCUACAGUAGUUUCCUGUGGGGAAAGUAUGCUCACAGUAGCUUAAUCAACCUGAUGCGCUAACAGGGCUUAGACCUCAGUGUUUAACUGUAAACAACAUUGCCAGGCUCAAUAAAGAAGUCUUGAGCUCUACUUCUUGUCCUUCUCGUGUGAUGUGUCAGCUUGUUAAUGGAAGGCAAAACAAAACCGCUGUUUGAAAUCAGAGGAGAGCAGACUGGUCAUCAGGAGCCAGAACAUGGGUGAUGGGUGAUUCUACAGCUCUCUGAAGGUGUUCACCACAGAAACCCACUUUGGGAAGAAUCUUUUUUGUUGUUGUUCACUGUUAAAGGGUAUAGUCUGUAAUUCUGUACAUCUGAAGACUAUUCAAAACACUGCAAUAUUCCCUGCCACGGCUCUCUCACGACAGGGUAUCCCACCUGCCUAAACCAUGGUGACAAACAACAUUAAUAAUAUUAUUUUCCUGAGGUGGAUUACCCGACUUUUCCCAAGGAACACAAAUGUGUUUUAAUGGUGAUGAUGGAUCAAAGCUAUUUCACCCAAGGGGACAGAUUCUCUACUCUAACUGUGUGUCAGACUCCAUGGUGGGUCAAUCACUCUCUGAGUUGGGUCUUUCUCCUACUAACUGUCAUGCCAUUCAUUGUGUGUAGGGCUGUGGGAAAGGCACUGAAAAUUCUACAUCACAGAAUUGUUUCACAAGCCAACCUUUUUUAUAUAUGGAAAAAGAAACCAGUUUGAAAAGUGAACCCCAAUGCUGUAUGUGUGUUUGUUGAAUAGCCCCCCCCCAGCACUGUUCCACAAUGUCUUUCUGGUUACAUCAAGGCCUUCAUGAGUGGCAUAAGUGAGUUUAUUAAGGUUAUGGUUAUUGAUAUUCUAUUAAUGGAAAAAUGGACAACAAUUUCUUCGCAAUCUGAAAAGCAGUCGCUUGCUGAUUUUAUGUUUUAUAAAAGUGCCAAGAUGGCAACAUUAAAAGUGUAAAAGGAAUGACGAAACCACUAUGUUGAUAUAUAUACUUUUUUAAGAUCUCACUUGAAGCGUUAAGUUUUAGACUUAGUUAAGAAGCUUAACAAUAGUUUAUGUACUCUGCAGUGGUUGAAUAUUAUAACGCUCAUGUUAGGUUGAGAAAAUGGCAAUGUUUACAGAGGCAAUGUUUUGUUACACUAAUGUGUAUCAUGAUAUUAGUUUUUUUAGCUUGUUUUAUAUUGAACAUUAUUUUCGUCAAUAAUCCUAAAUUAUGCCAUUUUUUUGUUUUUGUUUUUCUCAAACAACUCAAAACACAAUAAAGAAUACACAUGCAACAUUUGAUUUUCCAGAUGAUCCCAUAACGUCGUUCCCAGCAUUGUGGGGACAUUGUAGAGACAUAAAGUCCGUUCCUUGCAGGCUUGGACGUCAGUCAGGCUUGGGUGUUUUUCUCCAGUGUUUCUGCCAUGCUACUCUAACUUAUGUGCUCUCUGUGUAUGACAGGAAGUCUUGUAUUUUCCUGAAGGUCUUUUCUCUUUGAAUAAACUCUAAAGUAAUUUAAA